AUGACACAGGCCGAGGCGCUCGCCCGCGAGACGGCGCGCGCGCACGAGCUCCGCCCCACCGGCCCCGCCGGCGGCCGCGGGCGCGGGGCCGGGCGCUACGCGGCGCCGUCGGACGACCUGGAGGUGUGGCAGGAGGAGCAGCACGAGGCGGCGCGGCUGGCGGCGCUGCUGCCCUCGCUCAAGGAGGAAGCGGUGCGCGAGCGCGGCGGCGGUGGCGGCGGCGGCCGCUGGGGCAGCGGCGCAGCGGCGGCGCGGGACGCGGGCGACUGGCAGCCGCGGAGCGCGGGGGACCAGCUGCGGGAGGCGCAGUCGCGGCUGGCGCGGCUCAAGGCGACGUGCUCGGGGCCGCCAGAGUUUGAGCCGGCGGUCGAGGGUGAGGCCGCCCUGGCCAGCCUGCUAGACAUGCUGGCCGUGUGUGAGUUCCUCGCCGCCUUUGGCCCGGUGCUGGGCGCCCCCGUGCUGGACGUGCGGCAGCUGUCGGAGGCGGCGGCCUGGCCGUGCGACGGGGAGGGGGAGCUGGUGGCGGUGUACGCGGCGCUGUUGCGGUUCCUGCUGGCGCAGUGGAGCCAGGUGGUGGGCGGCCACACCGCGACGCGCGUCAAGCGCUGGGCGCGCUGCCUGGACCGCAGCACCGGCGGCGGCAGCCUGGAGGGGCUCGCGGACGGGCGCUGCGGCGCGGCGUGGCAGGAGCUGCUGCGGCGCUACUGCCUGCUCACGCGCAGCGCCACGCCCGUCACGGAGGCGCUGCUGACCAACCGUGACUGGGCGCUGCUCAGUGAUGACAUUAUUGCAGUGCACGCUGCCGUGGAGAUUGGGCGCGGCUCGGUGCUCAAGCUGGGCCCUACGUUCCACGUGCGGCUGCUGGGCGCCCUGGUCAACGACGCGGCCUCUUCAUUUUCGCUGAGAAACGAGGUCAACAAGAGGCUGGAGAGCACCAUCCAGCAGCAGAUCAGCCAGUAUCACGCCAACGCAGAGCGCCGCAAGGCGGAGCGCGAGGCCGCGCGGCAGCGCCGCGAGGCCAAGCGCGCCCGCCAGCAGGCCGCCGCGGCGGCGGCCGCGGCGGCCUACGCAAAGGCGGCAGCGGCGGCGAAGGCGGCGGCGGCAGCAGACGGGGAGGGCGGCGGCGGCGACGGCGCGGGCACGGGCGGACAGCUUGCAGCAGGCGGGGGAGACGGGGAGGGGGACGCCUCAGAGCCGCCCGCCAAGCGCGCCCGCAGCAACGGCGGCAGCGCCGCCGACGUGCCGCCACCCGCGGCCGCAGGCGCCCUGCCUCUUGCGCCUUUGGCGGGCGGCGGCGGCAGGGGCGAGUCUGGGGACGAGUUUGAGUCUGGCGGGGAGGAGGACGAGCGCGGGGCGCGCGCGGCGCGGCUGGCGGAGCACGGGCGAGCGUCGCUGCGGUCUGAGCCGCUGGGGCAGGACCGGCUGCACCGGCGCUACUGGCUGCUGCCGACCUGCGGCGGCGCCAUCUUCCAGGAGGGCCCCGACGGCCGCAGCCUCUCCCUCAUCAGCACCCCCGAGCAGCUCGACACCCUCACGCGCGCCCUCAACCCGCGGGGGCCCAGGGAGGCGGCGCUUCUGGCCACCCUCAGGCGGCGGCAGGGGGAGCUGCUGGCGGAGCUGCGGCCGCCAGACCACCCGCUCGACGUGACGCAGGUGCCGCGCCCCACGCCGCCGGACGGCGCGCGCCGGCGGCAGCAGUCGGCGGAGGACGGCGAGGGGCGGCAGCAGCAGCGGCAGCAGCAGCAGCAGCGGCUGGAGUCGUAUGAAAAAGUCCUGGCUGACGCUGACCUGGAGAGUGUGAGGUCCUGUGUGGGGGAGCUGGAGGCGGUGGUGGCGCAGCUCAUGGGGGCGGGCGUGCCGGGCGUGUCCUUCAAGGGCUGGCGGCGGCGGCUGGCGGCGACAACGACCACGCAGCAGCUGGCGGAGAGCGCUCUCGAGCUGGAGCGGGAGCUGCAGACCAUCGGCGAGGGCCUCCUGCCCGGCGCAGAUGACGCGUCCCUGGAGCCAUUGGUGCGGGAGGCCGAGCUCUACGAGUCAGAGUUCGUGCUGCCAGUGUCAGAGGCCGAGAUGCGUGCAGCGCGGGCCGCGGCAGCAGACGCGGCGGACGCCGCGGGGGAGGAGGAGGGGCAGCUGCGGGACGAGGAGGCGGCGGCGGCGGCCGCGGCGGCCGCGGCGGCGGCGGCCAAGGGGAAGGGGGCGAGCAAGAAGGGGAAGAAGGGCGGCGGCGGCGGUGGCGGCGGCAAGGGCAAGAAGGGCGGCGGCGGCGGGAAGGGCAAGGGUGGCGGCGGCGGCAAGGGCGGCGGCGCGGCCGAGUCCGAGUUUGGGGUGGAGGGGGACGAGGGGCAGCAGCUGGGGCCGGCCAUGCUGUUUGGCGGCGGCCGCGUGCGGCUCAAGGCGCCCGUGGUCGCGGCCAACGCGGCCAUCGUGGCCAGCCACCAAGGCACGCCGGUGAAGCCCCCGCCGCCCACGGUCAAGUCAGAGGAGGCGUCGGUGGCGGCAGGCUGCGGCGGCGCCGCGGCCGCUGGCGGCGGCGUGAAGGAGGAAGGCGGUGCGGGCGGCAGCAGCGGCGGCGGCGGCGGGGCGGGGCCGGCGGAGGGGGCGCUCAAGGCGGAGGGUAGUGGCGGCGGGGGCGACGGCGAGGGCGGUGAGGGUGUGAGGAAGCUGGUGGCACCACUGGAGGAGCUGGAUGACUCGGACAUUGAGGCCGAGGAGCGCUACCGCAUCAAGCGCCAGCACGAGAAGGCCGGAGAGCCCGUCCCCCCGCCCCCGCUCCGCCUCUGGCGCUCCCCGCGCGAGCGCGCCGUGUGGCUGCGGGACGUGCGGCGCGCGCUCAUCGGCGGCGCGCCGGGCGGCAUGGCGUACUGCGCGUCGGCCCUGGCUGACCGCGCGACGCGGCUCGUGCGCGACUGGCCCCUGGGCAUGAAGCCCCACAACUGGAUGCACGCGGCCGACCGCGCAGCGGCGCUGCGGCGGCGGCGCGUCGCGCUGCUGGGGGCGGAGCGCGUCGUGGCGGAGGAGUGGGCGGCCUGGAGCGAUGAGGAGGAGCAGCUGCUGCCCUCAAAGCCCAAAAAGUCCGGCCACUUUGACGUGCUGGACCUGGAGGCGGGCCGCGGCCAGCGCACCGCCGCGCGCCGCCUCAAGGAGCUGCUGCA